GCCGCUCGUAAGAAUCUAAUCAUCGGUGGCUCCUCCUCCGUCCUCCCUUGUCCUCCCUCGUCGCCGCAGUCGUCGCCACCGGUCCACACCUCCUCCAAAUCCUCUGACACCCCCUCCUCCGACGCUGUCCAAACCUCCUCCAAAUCCAUCGAGAUGAUCUGCACGACAACCGACUACAAAUCCACCUGCCAAAAAAGCCUCUCAAAAGCCGUCAAGUCCAAUGACCCCGACCCGAAAGAACUCGUCAAGGCCGCGAUCUCUGUCAUCUUCGAUGCGAUCGGUGCGGCGUUCAACAGAACACAGCAAAUCAAGACCACCGACGCCCAGAUUUCCGGCGCGAUGGAAGACUGCCGCGAGUUGUUCAACAGCUCGAAAGACGAGCUGCAUGCGUCGCUGAACACAAUCGUCGACAGAGGGGUGGACCAGAUACCAGAACAGGCGGAUAACAUACGGACGUGGCUGAGCGCCGUGAUGGCAUACCAGCAGACGUGCGUGGACGGGUUCCCAAAAGGAGAGCUGAAGGCGAAGAUGGAGGAGGCGAUGAAGCAGGCGAGGGAGAUGACGAGCAACGCGUUGGCGAUCGUGGGGGACGCGGCAAAGUAUUUGGGGAUGUUGAGCGGGGAUGGGGUGAUCGGGAGGAGGUUGCUGGAGGAGGAGGAGGAGGAGGCGGAAGCGGAGGAGGAGUUGCCGGAGUGGGUCCCAGAUGGUGAUCGGAGGAUGGUUAAAGAAGGGAAGUAUGAGGUUAAGUUGAAGGCUAAUGUAACCGUUGCCAAGGAUGGGAGUGGGCAGUUCAAGAGUAUAUCGGCUGCGCUUGAGAACAUGCCGAAGAAAUAUAAAGGAAGGUAUGUGAUCUACGUGAAGCCAGGAGUUUACGAUGAGACGGUGGUCGUCGAAAGAAAUAUGGAGAAUGUAACCAUCUACGGAGACGAUCCUGCGAAGACAAUAAUCACGGGGACGAAGAACUUUGUUGACGGCACCAGAACUUUUCAGACCGCAACUUUUGCAGCCACAUUUAUUAUCUUUUAUUGUAAAAUUUUAGGUAGACCCCGCAUUAACUACGGAAUUCUAUCCCCUAUCACAAUUUCCCGCUCCGUCUUCCUCAACUGCAACAUGGAAGGCUUCCAGGACACCCUCUACGCCCAAACCCACCGCCAGUUCUACCGCGGCUGCGUGAUCUCCGGCACGGUCGACUUCAUCUUCGGCGACGCCUCCGCCGUCUUCCAAAACUGCCUCCUCCUCGUCCGGCGCCCUCUAGACAACCAACAAAACAUUGUCACCGCUCAGGGUCGCAUCGACCGUCACGAAAACACCGGGUUUGUUCUCCACCGCUGCAAAAUUUUGCCCGACCCGAGUUUAAAACCGGUGGUUAAAAACGUCCGGUCGUAUCUCGGCCGGCCGUGGAAGGAGAACUCGAGGAUUGUGAUCAUGGAGAGUGAGAUUGGGGAGGUGAUUAGUCCAGAAGGGUACACGCCUUGGGAGGGGGAGUUUGCACUUAAGACCUUGUCUUAUUCCGAGUAUAAGAAUUCUGGGGCUGGGGGUGAGGUUAAGGGCAGGGUUAAGUGGGCUGGGGUUAGGGUUAUUGAGAAAGAGGAUGCGGAGCUUUUCGCUGCAGGGAAUUUUAUACAGGCUGGGGAUUGGGUUAAAAAGACCGGGGCCGGGGUUAGCGUGCCCAUUAGAUUGAGGCUGUACGAUUGAUCAAUAGAAUGUAAUUUAACUCG